UUCGCAACAGGACCGCCCCUCUUCACCUAUUUGGUUGACGCGCAUGCUUGCCGUACGUCAUCCAUCCGCGCCACCCGGAAGCCGCGGUUCAUACCAACAGUUCUUAUUGCUGGAGGCCUUAAGGAGCUCAUCAUGGCGACGCCCCCAAAACGGCGGGCCUUGGAUACCUUGGGGGAGAAAGUGCUACGGUACGAGGCCUUUAUCAGUGACGUACUGCAGCGAGACUUGCGAAAGGUGCUGGACCAUAGAGACAAGGUAUAUGAACAGCUGUCCAUAUACCUUCAACUGAGAAAUGUCAUUGAGCGACUCCAGGAAGCCAAUCACUCGGAGUUAUAUAUGCAGGUGGAUUUGGGCUGUAAUUUCUUCGUUGACACAGUGGUGCCAGAUACUUCACGCAUUUAUGUGGCCCUGGGAUACGGUUUUUUCCUGGAGUUGACACUGACUGAAGCUCUCAAGUUCAUUGAUCGUAAGAGUUCCCUCCUCACAGAGCUCAGUGACAGCCUCACCAAGGACUCCAUGAAUAUCAAGGCUCAUAUCCACAUGAUGCUAGAGGGGCUUAGAGAACUACAAGGCCUGCAGAAUUUCCCAGAGCCAUCUCUCCAUUGACUGCUUCUUCCCAUUCUCCUAUAUUAAAGAGCCUGAAUGCCUUGGAGUCACAUGGCCCUUCUUUUUCCACUAACCUCCACUGAUUGUCAAAAUGCCCUUUUUCUGUCAUUCUCUCUAUAGAACCUCUAGAUCACCCUAGAAGUCCUGCCUCCAACUUGUGGCGCUGCAGUACUUGCCACUUGACUUCAUGCUUUGUCCUUUUCUGUCACCUUGUCAACCUCAGCCCCCACCUCACACUUUAACUCCUUUUCUGGGAUACUUUCUUUUGCAUUACCAUAAAAAUAGGCUGGUUCAUGGGCUGGGCUUGUAACUUAAUUAGUAGAGUGCUUGUCUAGCAUGCAGGAAGCCCUGAGUUUAAUCGCCAGCACUACAUACAUACACUGGUGUGGUAUUGCAUACCUGUAAACCCAUCACUCAGGUAGAGGCAGGAGAGUCAGACAUUUAAAAUAAUCCUGAGCUACUUUACCAAGUUUGAGUACCAGGUCAGCCUGGGUUACAUAGACCCUGUUUCCCUGUCUCAAAACAAAAAUACCUAUCCAAAGUAAUUUGUUCCAUGGCCUUUUACUUCUGGGACUGGUUUCUCUCUCCCAUACCUCAGUGAUCCUUCAGUUGCCCUAAAUGACACUACUACCCAACCUUUGAUUUGUCUCCCCUUUCUAAAUAGUUGCAGCUUCCACCAAUAGGCACAGGUCCUACCCUUCCUGUUGCAGCCCCUACAACUUAGAUUUGAGCCCAGUCUUAGAUAAGAGCCAAGUUCCACCCUCUUAACUCUGGCUGCAGUUUGACCCAGCCUUUCUUGUAGACAGUUAACUUCCGCCACGCCGCUCAACUCCCUUGCGUAUCUGGCAGCCAUUCAGUCCUCCUACCUCUGCUGAAUUCUAAAUUGGUCUUGCCUAGCUAAUUACCAUAGCGUUACCCUACCAGCCUACAUAGAGCCUUGCCCCACCGGUUCUAAAUAAGUCCUGUUUCCGCUGAGCGGCUUGGCGUGCAGCACCGCCUAUUUCAGUGUUUUGGCAGCUGUCUCGGAAUCUCUGCCAAUCGGCUGCAAACAGGGCCCAUCCACCCCUCCCAAGCUCGGAGGCUGUCUGCCAUCAAUCUCAUUUAGGCCAAUCAGUGUGAAUAGGGCCCUCCCCCCAAACCUGGCACUUGCCCAGUCUAUCAGUCAUCCCUGAGCCAAUCAGCGUGAAGCAACCCUGCGGCCCUACGCCUCUCCAGAUUCAGUCGGCCAGCCGUGGUCGGUCCAUCAAUCCCCUUUGAGCCAAUCGUGGCAUAUCUCUAUGAGGUAGAACCCGCCCCCUCAGCCCCCCCUCCCAAGCUUUGCCGGCUAGCUUUGGCGCUUUGACCAAUCAGCGAGCGGCAGGGCACUGGGCUCCUCCUCCAAGGACCCACGUGAACGGUGGGGAAACGCAGGCAGGGGCGGCUUCUAGGUGCUACCACCGCUGCCGCCACCGUCACCACCGCCUGGGAACCUGGGCCUGGGGGGCGGUGGGGCUGCAUAUGGAGCCCCCGCCCCCCGGAGCUGCCAACAUCGCCGCCGCACCACACGCAGGUCUGUUCAGUGGCCUUCUCCCCCAGUGAUUGCAUUCACACACCCCAUAUCCUUCUGAAUCCAG